AAAGCCCAAAAAUAUAAUCCAACCAAGGCCCAACCGAAAAAUAAAAAUAAAAUGAAGCCAAAAAUGGAAAAAUAUCCUGAAUUUCGUCCAGGUUCACUGAAUUCAUUCCAACGCACCCCUUCUCCUUCCUGGAUUCUCCGUCAACCAUCUCCUACGCUAAGCCUCGCAAUACCAUUCCACCCCAAACCCCAAUUCCCCUCUUCCUACUCUGCUCUUUGGUCGGACUUCUCGCCGUUCCUUUUCUUCAGUCGCCGGUCCGACCAUCUUCUAUGCCACUAUCCUCUCCACCUCUCUGCUGCUUCGCAUCUCUCGAUCUCUCUCCCUCCUCCUGCUCCUGUUUUGACACCCGCUGCUGCUGCUGUUGCUGUUGAUGAUGGAAUCCAACUUGUCUCUGGGCUUGGUCCCCAGCGUCUCCCCUGCUGCUACCCACCGCUCCCAGAUUUCCGACGAUUCCAUCUCGCUCCGUGAGACCUCUUCCGCCUCUUCGGCCGUCUCCGUCCAUCCGUCGUCCACGUCGUCGCUCCCGCUCCGGCUGCUGGAGUCCAUCAACGAGAAUUACCCCCGCGGCGGUGGUCUCCUCCACCAGAACGGUUCCGCCGUGGAGCUGAAUCGCGACCCGGGGGACGAGGAGGACGAGAGGGAGUUUCGAAUUCUAGGUCAUUCGAUGUGCUUCAAGCGGCGCCGCUCCGAUUCCGAAAUCCAGUGCAGUCCUGGAAAGAGGGCAGCCGUGGUGGCAGCGGCGAGCGAGACGGAUGUUAAGGAGCGGCGGAACUCGGUGAAGGCUUGGGGGAACCAGUCGAUUAGCGAGGCAGAUCCGGAGCUGUUUGAGAUUAUGGGCAAGGAGAAAGAGAGGCAGUUCAAAGGGAUUGAGCUGAUCGCUUCGGAGAAUUUCGUGUGUAGAGCUGUGAUGGAAGCGCUCGGGAGUCAUCUGACCAACAAGUAUUCGGAAGGGAUGCCGGGGGCGCGUUACUAUGGUGGGAAUCAGUACAUUGACGAGAUUGAAACCCUGUGUUGCAAGCGGGCGCUGGAUGCUUUCGGGUUGGAUUCGGAGAAUUGGGGUGUUAAUGUCCAGCCAUACUCUUGUACUUCGGCUAAUUUCGCUGUGUAUACAGGGUUGUUGUUGCCUGGAGACAGAAUCAUGGGUCUGGACACCCCUUCUGGAGGUAAUACUAGCCAUGGUUGUUAUAUGCCGAGUGGUAGGAAAGUGUCUGGUGCCUCCAUUUUCUUCGAGAGUUUGUCGUAUAAGGUGAACCCACAAACUGGUUACGUUGAUUUCGAUAAGCUGGAAGAAAGGGCGCUUGAUUUCAGGCCCAAGAUUCUCAUAUGUGGUGGAAGCUCGUACCCCAGGGAGUGGGAUUAUGCGAGGUUCAGGCAGAUUGCGGAUAAGUGUGGUGCUGUUCUUUUGUGUGAUAUGGCUCAAAUUAGCGGCCUUGUUGCGAGUAAGGAAUGUGUCAAUCCUUUUGAUUACUGUGAUAUUGUUACCUCAACAACUCAUAAAAGCUUGCGUGGACCAAGGGGAGGCAUAAUUUUCUAUAGGAAGGGUGCGAAGCCGAGGAAAAGAGGAAUGCUUUUAAGCCAGGGCAAUGAAAGUGAGCAGUAUGAUUUCGAGGAGAAGAUCAACUUUGCUGUAUUUCCAUCAUUGCAAGGUGGACCUCACAACAACCACAUAGCCGCUCUUGCCAUUGCCUUAAAGCAAGUUGCUACUCCUGAAUACAAGGCGUAUAUGCAUCAGGUGAAGCGUAAUUCACAGGCUUUAGCCAAUGCAUUGUUGAGAAGAAGAUGCCGUCUGGUAACUGGAGGCACGGACAACCAUCUGUUACUUUGGGAUCUGAGGCCACUGGGACUAACAGGUAAAACAUAUGAGAAGGUCUGCGAGAUGUGCCACAUUACUGUGAAUAAAAUUGCAAUCUUUGGUGAUAAUGGCACCAUUACUCCUGGUGGCGUAAGGAUUGGUACACCUGCUAUGACAUCUAGAGGUUGCCUGGAACCAGACUUUGAGACGAUGGCUGAUUUUCUACUGAGGGUUGCACAGAUCGCGAGCAUGUUACAGCGUGAACAUGGCAAGUCCCCAAAGGCUUUCCUGGAAGCUCUGCAGAGCAGCAAGGACCUUGCCGAGGUCCGGAACCAAGUCGAGAGCUUUGCAACUCAGUUUGCUUUGCCCGGUUUAGAUGUGUGAAUCUGAAGAAAUUAUGAUGCGUCUCUGAAGUCUGAACUGCUACAAAGCAUCAUCAACCAUAAAUCUGGUAACGCCUGGCCUGUUCUCUUCUGCAGCUCUUCGGCCAGCAUCUUGAAGCCACAUUGCGGAUUUCACUGCUCGUUUGAACCCCGCCGAGUGAGCAUUAUUCACAUUCAUAGCGCAGUUAUUGUUGCUUCAUUUCUCUUGGUGUUGAGGGUUUUGAUCUGUUGGGUGGUGUCUAUAGGUUUCUGUUAAGUCUCUGGUAAGUGCAGUAUACUCAAAAUUGAUUGUAGAUAGAAAUUUUGGUAUAAAGAUGUGAAAACAGAAGGAUUUAUUUAGUGAAAGGCGGGAUCCUUGAUCAGGUGGCAAGGACGGAUAUAAGUUUACUUGGGAAAGAGGUAACGCAGGAGAACGGAAUCCACCUCAUUUAAUUAGCUGUCAAGCAUCGUCACUCUCAGCUUCAUUGCUCUAUGGUGCGUCGUAAUCGAUAUGAACUCUAUAAGCGUC